GGAAAAUAGAAAAGGCACACACCCUGUACGCUUGUUCCUCGUCCUUCGUCCUGUCUAAUUCGCCGAUCAACGAAACAGAGUGCAGAUCAUUGCUUGAUCGACACACAAUUGACGGCCAUCUGAUUCCCGCCGAUCAUCCUUCACUCAUUCUUACAUACACACUCAUACGUUCAUACGUCCAUACAUUCGUACAUUCAUAGCAUGCCUGGGAACAAGCUGCUGAGCCCACAGGGGCUCGACAAAAUCGCCAUGCUUCUCGUGAGCGUCGAUCGCCUCAGUUCGCCUUCGACGAAGCUUUUCUCAAAGGACGUCGUCGUCUUCCUCAACGAAUUCCGCUGUGCACUGCGACUGCCCGGCCUGUACAAUCUCGUGAACGGGUUCCAUUUCCAGCAGAGCAGCUUCUGUCAACUCGUCGUCACCCUAGUGCAAAUGGCUUACUAUUUGUCCGAAGGCCUCGCCUUUCUUUCAAGCAAGGACGUCAUCCAGCUGCCUAAGCGACUGGAAAACUGGCUGUGGCUCGUCUCCUGCCGCUGCUGGCUGAUCGGUACACUGAUCCAUUUCGCUCGCUUGCUCCUCCACUGCACCUCUGUCAGCCCCGUCGACCUGCUGGACGAUUUUGUCAUCGACUUGACGGCCCUGCCUAUGAGCCUCCACUGGUCGCUUCGUCGCGGCUGUGGUCUCUGCACCACUCAGCUUGGAGCGCUAGGGCUCGUUAGUGCAGUGACACAUCUCCGGAGGCUCUUGAACGAGUCGUAGUGAGCCCGACAAAAACCCGCCCCACCACUAUUGGUCCCCCUCUACGUUGACGACCCCCACUCAUCCAACCUGGUCCGCCGCACAUCCUCGAUACCCCCACGAACCAUGUCUUAGAAGUCUCUCUUUUCUGUUCUAUUUAUUUGCUAUGUUUUAUUAUGUAUGAGAAAAUAUAAAUGUACUUGUAUAAAAUUUAUGUUAGAAGGAG